ACCUUGACUUGUUGUCUCCUUCCUUUCUCUUCUCACGUGUUAUCAACAACACAUUAUUGUCCUCUCUUCAACCCCUCCUUAUAUCUCUCUUCCCAAAUCUCAAAGAUAAAGAAAGGAGCAAAAUCAGAUUUCAGAAUGUCAGCAACAAUGGGUGUUGUGGGAUCAUCAAGCUCAUGGUCAAGAGCUAUUGUACAGAUCUCACCUUAUACUUUUUCUGCUCUUGGAAUUGCUAUUGCCAUUGGUGUCUCUGUUCUUGGUGCUGCUUGGGGGAUUUACAUAACUGGAAGUAGUCUCAUUGGUGCUGCAAUUAAAGCUCCUCGCAUCACUUCCAAGAAUCUCAUUAGUGUGAUUUUCUGUGAAGCCGUUGCUAUCUAUGGUGUUAUUGUGGCAAUUAUUCUGCAAACAAAAUUAGAGAGUGUCCCAGCAUCAAAGAUAUAUGCAGCGGAGUCUCUUCGAGCAGGAUAUGCAAUAUUUGCCUCUGGAAUUAUUGUGGGCUUUGCCAACCUUGUUUGCGGGCUCUGCGUAGGGAUUAUUGGUAGCAGUUGCGCCUUAUCAGAUGCGCAAAAUUCCACCCUUUUCGUCAAGAUUCUUGUGAUUGAGAUUUUUGGUAGUGCAUUGGGAUUGUUCGGAGUUAUUGUGGGAAUAAUCAUGUCAGCUCAAGCAACAUGGCCUUCUAAAACAGGAUGAUCGUGUGCUUCUACUCUCUCUCUCUCUGCCGUUUGGAAGCUGUAUUUCCUCUCUUGCCAAUGGUUUAUUGUUUUUGUAGGAGUACUAAUUGAGGUGGUUCUGGUUUUCCACAUUGCAUUCAUAUGAAUGAAAUCGACAUAAGCUAGGUCUCCGACCUGCAAACGAUAUGUCAUUUACACUGUUGUAUUAUUACUUCACUCGAACUGAGAAACAUGAAUGACUUAGUUUUUUUUUUCUUCUAGAGAGUGCUGCUUGUACUUAUUCUCAGCAAAGGAGGAAUAUUGUUUGUACGCGGAUAGCCGCUGAUACUUAAUAAGCUCCUGCUUGGAUGCAAAUUGGUUUUCAAAUGAAGUGCUGAAUUUGCCCUUA